CGGGAUCAUCGUCGGCUCUCUGGAUCUCAGCACCGUGGGAUUGAUUGAGAACUCUGACGGCCUUCCUCGUCUCUGGGACACACUGAUCUUCUCAUGUUGCGGCGCGUGAGUUCAGCAUCAGUCCCCCAGUCGCCACUUUUGGAACCUCAGAAAUCCCAGUGGCACCAUCGCCUACCACACUCAACCCCGACCGCUCAUCUUGACGAUCGAGCCGCUCACGUCCGUUUCCCUUCUCCAUUUAUGACCGCCACCCCUCAGAGCUAUGCAUCGAGCUUCUCAACGACACAGUCGACGUCACCCGCCCAGAGCGCAUCUCAGUCGGCUCCAGACUCUUCAUCCCCUCCCUCCUCACUCGCAAUGUCUGCGCAGCCUGCCCAGCAGCUCACCGUGACUAACGCCUUCCCCACUCCCGCCAGCAGCGUGAGCGGCGUUGCGAAGGAAUCCCAGGAUCCAUCCGAGAAGGCGGCUCGCGCUUUGAUGGAGACAGCUGAAGGCGCGCCGGGUUUCACCGAUAUUGACAAUGGCAUCCUCCAGAACCAACAAAGCCCACAGAACCAGCAAGGAACCAUCGCAGGACUGAUUCCCCAAGAGGACGCAAUGGACAUAGACCGCAAAGAUGAUCUCUCAGAGGACCCCAAAAUUGCCGCUCUCCAACAGGAUAUCGGGCAGGCGUUUCACACUUGUAAAUCCUCCUACUCGAUAUCUGGACCAAGCCCUCGCUUUGACCUCAUUUCUCUUUACGGACUUGGUCCAGUGGCCGCCUCCGUUGCUCGAACGGAUCCGGUCACAGGCGAAAAGAUUAACAGGCUGAGGAAAUCCUACGAAGGGAAGAUCAAGGGGCUGGGACUCUCGGGAAGGAAUAAAGCGGUUAAGCGCGAACCCGGAGCGCCCGGUGGAUUAAGGCAGCUGACAAUGUGGCCUGAAGAAGAGUGGCAGAACCAAAAAGUAAUCGGGAAAGAUAUCAGAGUUGCUGAACCAGAUUCUGCACUACACAAGUUGCAUAUGAGGGCUAUGAAAUUCGAGCCUGGGCCUGUGCCGAACAACGACUAUUGGGAGGAUGUCCUAGGCCACGAGAAGCCACCCAAGCAAGGUGCCGCAGCUGUUCAGCCGAAGAAAGCAGCGGACACUGUUGGUGGUGCUGUUCGACAGAGUACCCAAGCUAACGGCACACCAAUAUCGACGCCCGCCCCACCCGUUGAGUCGGGUCGACCGAAACGUGCGGGCAAGAAGAGAAGCUAUAAUGAUAGCAGUUUCGUUGGGUACGGAGAAGGCUUCCCAGACGAUGACCUAGAUAUGGAUGGUGGCUUUUAUUCAAACAGUGAAGAAGGGGCUAGGGGUUCGGCCAAAAAGAAACGAAAAAAGGAUCAUGUUCCGGUUGUUCCGCCCUCACUGACGGAGCGGAAAGGCAGUUAUGGCGUCGGAAUGUUUGGCGUUGGCACACGAUGACGCAUGCUACGAUGAAUGAGACAAAAUUUGAAUGGACACCGGCAAAGCGUUUGCCAGCGCGCAUUACGAAAAUGUUUCCGCGACGAAGAGUGGGGAGUUGCUCUCUCUGCAGCCCCAAGUAUGAUAGUUUAUUGCUUCGCAAGCAUCCAUUACGGGAUCGACGAUUUAGGACCUCCGUUGGACAGACUUUCGAUUUCGACUUCGACUUCACUGUACACAAUUACGUGUUUUUCUAUUGCUUUGAUUAUUAUUCCGUCACUGGGGCAAAUUUGCAUAAUGGCGUAGGAUAUACCCGCCUCGGUCCAAAAAUGGCGUUAAGACGACGAUUGGGUUUUUGAUUUUCUCUGGGAGGAUUUCUGGUCUGGCUGGGAGUGGGUGUCAUUAUUACAAGGGAUUUUCUGAUUGUUUUGCUUUUGCCCUGCCCUAAGUGGCCCCUAUGUCUCGUUCUUACCGGGUGGGCCUUGGUGAAUCCAUAUGGAAUUCAAGGUAAUAACUACCCUUUCCCCCUCGAAAUUUAGCUUGUUUCUAUUGCGAUUUGAGUCACAUUUCUCAGGCUACUACUUUGCUGCUUUGCUGAUGGUGUCUCCCCCGCGAUAUACGUGGGCCAUGAAAGAAAGAUGAAGUAGUUUUGCUUUUUUGUUUUGUUUCUGAAGUUGGGCUUGUGUUGGGUGUGAAGAGAGCCAUGGUCGUCUAUGUCUUUUCUCCUUUCUAUGCACGGAUGGUUCGUUCCACUGCUGCUCAUAAUUCACUGCAUGGAAAUGGACAAGCCGCCCUCCUUGUCAGAAGAAAGGCAAGUAUCUUCUCCACCACGACAAGACCCUGUUUCAACAUCCCCAGAUGAGAACGACGGUUCGAUGGGAAUAUGCCAGUUUAAUAGCUCCCUUAACAGGUUGCACACUCGAGAUGGAAGAUUGCUAUUAUACACCUUUUCCCAUCUCCGGCUGUCUCUUUCUUUAAUGAUACCUGAUGUGUAUGCAUGUACAUAUAUGGCCUCUAGAGAG